AUGCAAUCUUUAGGGAUCUCUGGAAAUAGAAAGGUCAUGCAGUCUGGAACCUGUGAGUCUUUUCAAUCUCUAAGUCAUCAGAGAAAUGAUGAAGAAGCAGUUGUGGAUAGAGGUGGAACUCGUUCUAUUCUCAAAACACACUUUGAGAAAGAAGAUUUAGAAGGUCAUCGGACACUAUUUAUUGGCGUUCAUGUGCCCCUGGGAGGAAGAAAAAGCCAUCGACGUCACAGGCAUCGUGGUCAUAAACACAGAAAGAGAGACAGAGAGAGAGAUUCAGGACUAGAGGAUGGAAGGGAGUCACCUUCCUUUGACACCCCGUCACAGCGAGUACAGUUUAUUCUUGGGACUGAGGAUGAUGAUGAGGAGCACAUUCCUCAUGACCUCUUCACGGAACUCGAUGAGAUUUGCUGGCGUGAAGGUGAGGAUGCUGAGUGGCGAGAAACAGCCAGGUGGUUGAAGUUUGAAGAAGAUGUGGAAGAUGGAGGGGAAAGGUGGAGCAAGCCUUAUGUGGCUACUCUUUCACUGCACAGCUUAUUUGAGUUAAGAAGUUGUGUUCUGAAUGGAACUGUGUUGCUGGACAUGCAUGCCAAUACUUUAGAAGAAAUUGCAGAUAUGGUCCUUGAUCAACAAGUGAGCUCAGGUCAGCUCAACGAGGAUGUACGCCACAGGGUCCAUGAGGCUUUGAUGAAACAGCAUCACCACCAGAAUCAGAAGAAGCUAACCAAUAGGAUUCCUAUUGUUCGUUCCUUUGCUGAUAUCGGCAAGAAGCAAUCAGAACCAAAUUCCAUGGAUAAAAAUGGCCAGGUUGUUUCUCCUCAGUCUGCACCAGCCUGUGUUGAAAAUAAAAAUGAUGUGAGCAGGGAAAACAGCACAGUUGACUUUAGCAAGGUUGAUCUGCAUUUUAUGAAGAAGAUUCCUCCAGGUGCUGAAGCUUCAAACAUCUUAGUUGGGGAAUUGGAGUUUUUGGAUAGAACUGUAGUUGCAUUUGUCAGGUUGUCCCCAGCUGUACUGCUUCAAGGAUUAGCUGAGGUCCCAAUCCCAACCAGAUUUUUGUUCAUUCUUCUGGGACCCCUGGGAAAGGGUCAACAGUACCAUGAGAUUGGCAGAUCAAUUGCAACCUUAAUGACAGAUGAGGUAUUUCAUGAUGUUGCUUACAAAGCAAAAGAUCGUAAUGACUUGGUAUCAGGAAUUGACGAAUUUCUGGAUCAGGUUACUGUUCUCCCUCCUGGAGAGUGGGAUCCAAGCAUUCGAAUAGAGCCUCCCAAAAACGUUCCUUCCCAGGAGAAGAGGAAGAUUCCUGCUGUACCAAAUGGAACAGCAGCUCAUGGGGAAGCUGAGCCCCAUGGAGGACAUAGUGGACCUGAACUCCAGCGAACCGGAAGGAUUUUUGGGGGACUUAUUUUAGAUAUCAAAAGAAAAGCUCCAUACUUCUGGAGUGACUUCACAGAUGCUUUCAGCCUGCAGUGUUUAGCAUCUUUUCUGUUUCUCUACUGCGCAUGUAUGUCUCCUGUCAUCACAUUUGGAGGACUGUUGGGAGAAGCAACUGAAGGUCGAAUAAGUGCAAUCGAGUCUCUCUUUGGAGCAUCUAUGACUGGGAUAGCCUAUUCUCUCUUUGGUGGACAGCCUCUUACCAUACUAGGCAGUACAGGACCAGUUUUGGUGUUUGAAAAGAUUUUGUUUAAAUUUUGCAAAGAAUAUGGGCUGUCAUACCUAUCUUUAAGAGCUAGUAUUGGACUUUGGACUGCAACCCUGUGUAUCAUACUUGUGGCCACUGAUGCAAGCUCCCUUGUCUGCUAUAUCACCCGGUUUACUGAAGAAGCUUUUGCUUCUCUUAUUUGCAUCAUUUUCAUUUAUGAGGCUCUAGAGAAGUUGUUUGAACUCAGUGAAGCAUAUCCAAUCAACAUGCAUAAUGAUUUGGAACUGCUGACACAAUACUCAUGUAACUGUGUGGAACCACAUAAUCCUAGUAAUAAUACAUUGAAGGAAUGGAAGGAGUCCAAUAUUUCUGCCUCCGACAUAAUUUGGGAGAACCUAACUGUUUCGGAAUGCAAGUCUCUGAACGGGGAGUAUGUUGGACGAGCCUGCGGCCAUGAGCACCCCUACGUUCCGGACGUUCUGUUUUGGUCAGUGAUCCUCUUCUUUUCCACAGUCACUCUGUCAGCCACGUUGAAGCAGUUCAAGACUAGCCGCUAUUUUCCAACCAAGGUUCGAUCCAUAGUGAGCGACUUUGCUGUCUUUCUUACGAUUCUAUGUAUGGUUUUAAUUGACUAUGCCAUUGGGAUCCCGUCUCCAAAACUACAAGUACCAAGUGUUUUCAAGCCCACAAGAGAUGAUCGUGGCUGGUUUGUUACACCUUUAGGUCCAAAUCCAUGGUGGACAGUAAUAGCUGCUAUUAUUCCUGCUUUACUUUGUACUAUUCUAAUUUUUAUGGACCAACAGAUUACAGCUGUCAUUAUCAACAGAAAAGAACAUAAGCUGAAGAAAGGUUGUGGGUACCAUCUGGAUCUGUUAAUGGUGGCUGUCAUGCUGGGUGUGUGCUCCAUCAUGGGCCUGCCGUGGUUUGUGGCUGCCACUGUCCUUUCCAUCACUCAUGUCAACAGCCUCAAACUGGAAUCUGAAUGUUCAGCUCCAGGAGAACAACCUAAAUUUCUUGGCAUUCGGGAGCAAAGAGUUACUGGGCUUAUGAUUUUCAUUCUCAUGGGCUCGUCAGUCUUUAUGACUAGUAUUCUGAAGUUUAUUCCUAUGCCAGUGCUAUAUGGAGUGUUUCUUUAUAUGGGUGCUUCAUCACUAAAAGGAAUUCAGUUCUUUGAUAGAAUAAAGCUCUUCUGGAUGCCUGCAAAACAUCAACCAGAUUUUAUAUAUCUAAGGCAUGUGCCACUUCGAAAAGUCCAUCUCUUCACAGUUAUUCAGAUGAGUUGCCUCGGCCUUUUGUGGAUAAUAAAAGUUUCACGAGCUGCUAUUGUCUUUCCCAUGAUGGUGUUAGCUUUGGUAUUUGUAAGAAAAUUGAUGGACUUUUUGUUUACCAAGCGGGAACUCAGCUGGUUGGAUGAUUUAAUGCCUGAGAGUAAGAAAAAGAAACUAGAAGAUGCUGAAAAAGAAGAAGAACAAAGUAUGCUAGCUAUGGAAGAUGAGGGCACAGUGCAGCUCCCCCUGGAAGGGCACUAUAGAGAUGAUCCAUCUGUGAUCAAUAUUUCUGAUGAAAUGUCAAAGACUGCCUUGUGGAGGAACCUUCUGAUUACUGCCGAUAACUCAAAAGAUAAGGAGUCAAGCUUUCCUUCUAAAAGCAUUGAAAGCCGAAAUGAGAAGAAAGCUGACUCAGGGAAAGGUGUUGACAGGGAGACUUGUCUAUGA